CAAUUGGUGCUCAGACGGACCUGAAAUAGGCUUACUGUCCCCAUGACUGGCCCCCACCCCUACCACUGGCGCCCUCCAACCAUAGAUGCUCCAACCCGCAAGCCCGCUCGCGAUAGUGACGGCGCGUUUCUAAAAAUAUCUACAUGACGUAAUGACGUAAUGAUACAUUCGAACCUUGUUGAUUUCAAAACAAAAUACUUUUUGCUGUAAAAUGGGGUUUAGUGCAAAUAAACUGCGAGUGAACCUUAAACUGACAAUAAACCGGCUGAAACUUCUUGAGAAGAAGAAAACUGAGAUUGCCCUUAAAUCAAGAAAGGAAAUAGCUGAUUACUUAUCGCAAAGCAAAGAUGACAGGGCCAGGAUUCGGGUUGAACAUAUCAUCAGAGAAGAUUAUUUGGUGGAAGCAUUGGAACUACUGGAACUAUAUUGUGACCUCCUCCUUGCUCGAUUUGGUUUGAUUGAAACAAUGAAAUAUUGCGAAGAUGGUUUGGUUGAAGCAGUUUCAACAUUGAUCUGGGCAGCACCACGUCUGCAGAGUGACGUUCAAGAACUCAAAAUUAUUUCAACUCAGCUAGGACUAAAAUAUGGAAAACAGUUUCUAGAAGAAGCUGCAAGAAAUACCAAUAAUACAGUUAAUGAAAAACUCAUCAACAAACUCAGCCCAAAUGCACCACCAAAAGCUCUUGUAGAACAAUAUCUUGUAGAAAUUGCAAGAAAUUACAAUAUUCCUUAUGAACCAGAAGAAUCACUCAUGGAUGAACUCCAUGGCAGUAGUAAAGGGGGUGAUGACAACGUCAAUGGUAGCAGUGGUUUUGGAGGUUCAACUGGUGGAAGUGGACCUACUAGCGGUAUUGGUAACAAUCAAAUAGGUUUUGAGCAUUAUGAUAAUCCUGGAAACAGUUUCCCACCACAAAUGCCAUCAGUACCUGGAUCAAAUGCUGGUCUUGCUUAUCCUCCACCACAGGUCAACUACCCUCCUCCAGUCAACAAUGCCCCAUACCCACCAGCAAACAACCCAACAAACAAUGAGAAAAUCAACCCAGGUCCAGGCUACCCACCAAUGAAUGCCUCUCAGCCUCCACCAUCAAACAGCACUGGGAAUAUUUACACACCUUACCCUCCUUCAAAUGCUCCACCAACAGGGCCAAGCAUUAAUGUAAACAGUCUACCCAAUGUCCCAGACCUCCCUGAUGUCCCUACAGGAUCCUUACCUGGUGGUUCAAGUACAAUUGGAGGUGCCAGUGGUGGUGAUGACCUUGAUUUUGAUGAUCUCAAUAGAAGGUUUGAAGAACUGAAAAAGAAGAAAUGAACUUAAAUUGAAUGGUUCAUUCUGAAAGAGCAAGAGAGAAUUCACAACAUAUAUUCCUCUGCUGUUAAAAAUUAUUGUGCCAUAAUGUUAAUGAAACAAACAUAGUUUGAUAACAGGAUAUUGUGAAUUUAUUUUGAAUGCUCAACUAUUUCAAAUCAGUGUUUCAAACCAUGUUUAUUUUGUAAUU